AUGCUUAGACUGCUAGUGCUUGCCGCUCUUGUCCUUUGUGGACACUGUGCUGACCCCCGAUUCAUUGAGGACACUACAAGAGUUGUAGGAGGUUCAAAUGCUGCUGCAAAUUCCUGGCCCUGGCAGAUCUCUCUGCAGUACCUGUCUGGCAGCAGCUGGUACCACACCUGCGGAGGUUCCCUGAUCCGUGCUAACCGUGUCCUGACUGCUGCUCACUGUGUGGACAGAGUUGUCUCCUUCCGUGUGGCGCUUGGUGAUCACAACCUUAGUGUGAAUGAAGGAACUGAACAGAUCAUCGCUGUGUCCACCAUCAGGAAGCACGCCAGCUGGAACCCUAACAGCGUGGCUGCUGGUUUUGAUAUUGCCAUCCUCCAUCUGGCUUCAAGCGCGAGUCUGAAUAGCUUUGUUCAACUGGCUAGUCUGCCAGCUGAUGGCGCUGUAUUGGCCAACAACUACGACUGCACCAUUACUGGAUGGGGAAGAACCUCCACUGGCGGAUCUCUGCCUUCCAUUCUCCAGCAAGCUCCACUGCCCGUUGUUGCCCACGCAACCUGUUCUACCAGCUCCUACUGGGGCAGCACUGUGAAGACCUCUAUGGUGUGCGCUGGUGGCAAUGGAGUUCAGGCUGGUUGCAAUGGUGAUUCCGGUGGACCUCUGAACUGCGCAGUCAGUGGAGUGUUCCAGGUGCAUGGUAUUGCUAGCUUUGUAUCCUCCCUUGGUUGCAAUGCUUACCUCAAGCCCACUGUGUUUACUAGAGUGUCCGCCUACAUCUCCUGGAUCAACAGCGCUCCGCUGCCCCUCCUGCAGGAGUGGAUGUCGGCCGCAAGCGGGGAAGGAGAUCGGCGAAUGGAUGAAUAUCCAUUCGCUGGUUUCCUUUCCGCUGAAUGGGACCAAAAGUGA